AUUAGGUCCAUCUCCAAUUUGAACCUGAGCAAGCGGCAGAAAUUCACGCACCGCGUGGCCGGGGAGUCUACAAAAGCCUGCAUGGGAUGAGGAGUGGGGAAACACCCUCCCAUUGACUGCCUUACCGAAGCACAUUCGUCAUGAGCACUGUCAACGAAAGCGUGAACUUCGUCCGUAAUGUCAAGCUCGCCAUUCCACCGCCUCCUCCUCCAUCUGCUCGGGCAGAAGGAGCUGCGGGCGGUGCUUCCGUCGCCGCCGCCGAUGAAGAUACGGCAGCGGUUGUCGAUAGCUCCGUGAUCUCCUUUGUCGGAAACCUCUCUGGACAGCAGAAGUCCGACGUGAUGAACUCCUCGCUGUUCGCGCAGUGGGCGGCAAACGCGCAAUACGAUCGCAACCAAAAGGACCAGGCCAUGAAGUGGUACGGCGUGUACAAGACCACUCUCGAGAACGUGGGAUGGAUAGUCCAAAACUUCAGCUUCGUCGACCUUUCCAACGCCAGCGGUCAUGACAGUGUCGACAAGGCCGUGCUUUUCGUCAUGGAGGCAUUCCUCGGCUCGUCUGCCAUGGAAGCUUUCAAGGCUAUGAUCGAUGCUUUGAAGAGACCCGACACUGAAGGUGCCUACACUCUGUUCAAAUCCCACUCCUGGGAGAACACCAGAGCGGAUUUCCAGUCGGGCGUGUGCCAGGUUGACCAGGGCAAGAACGCAAUGUGGCGUAUCGGAUGUUACGAUUACGAGACGUCUGGUUUCGACGGAGAUGUCCUCUUCUACAAGUUCGGGUCUGACUCUGUGGCCUUCCAAUACAGUACCCAGGACAUGAUCCUGAAUGAAGAGGUGUACGCGAUGGUUAGGAAUGAGAUCAUAGAGAGGCUUGGGGAUCAUGCCCAGGACUUUGUCAAGAACGUCCCUCUCAAGCCUCCUACUCGCCGUUCUUGAUGCGCUAGCGCUUGUGCUCUACUCGGUCAUAACUGUGGAACGUAUCAGAGUUUGCGAGCUAUACGCAUCCUGAAGUUGUUAGUAUGGAAAUGUAUGAUGUGUUAUGGCAGCGUAUCCUCAUGAGGUGCCAUGAGACCCGUUCCACAGCCGCAUUGAAUGGAAAUGCCUGUGCUAUCGCUGCCCCGAGAAUAAAGACUUCAACUUGACUGUUAGUACCAACUACGAACCUGCGCAAUUUUUCCUCUGAACACUAGCGCAUGGAAGCACGCCACUCAAGUCCUUUUCCUUCGUUCCGUUUCCC